GGCUCCCGCCGCCGCGACUCCCCUGGCUCCUCCCGGACUCCGGCUCCCUCGGUCCCGGCCAACAAUGACCCGGGCAGCGCCGAGCCGCGGGGACGCUCCCGCGAUCCCGGGGCCUCGCCGCGGGCGCCCCGCGGGGCGACGCGCCCUUCCCCGAGGCCCGCGCCGGCCCUCUCGGAGCCCAGGCCGAGCUAUUGUUCGCGCGGCGCUAGGCCGGCUUCCUGAGCCCCGCAGGAAAAGCCCGGGCCGAGGAGGCGGCGGGGCGGAGGGCGGGGCCGCCGGGUGCUCUCCCGGCUUGCGGGGGACUCUGCGGCCGCCGCGCGCUCCGCCGCGCUCCGGGUCCUGCCACCUCCCCGCCCCACCCUGCUCCCAGUGAAUGGAGAGAUCCAGUUGGCCUGGAUAAAGGGGGUGUUGCAGCGAGCUGAAUGUCAAUUAAAGUAGAAAGAAGGGCUGAGGAGAAACCGG